GUCAGAAGUAGCAGCUCGAUUUGUUUCUAAAAAAAUCCGAACCAUUUCUGUCUCUUUCUUUCAAUGUAUAACGUCUAGAGAGCCUGGAGAAAAGCAUGAGCGCCCGCGGACAGAAGCGUAAGCCUUCCCGCUACCAGGACUACGAGCUGGAAGGGGACUACACCCCGAGUUCGAAGCGGGCCCACCGGUCGUCGGAUGAUGGGGAGGGGGGCGGUCCGCUGCUGGUGGCCUCGGAUGAAGCCUGGGCCGACAGUGGAAGGUCUCCCCGCGUGCGUAAGAAGUCUGCCAAGCUCCGAGACUCGGACAGGGAGGCUCUACUCCAGCCACAAGUCGUAAGUCCACAAAAGUCCUCAUCAUCCAAGUCCAAGAAACAGGAAGUACACAGCCUUGGAGCUCCUCAGCCUCACUUCAGCCCAGAUCCACCCCCGUACCUCAGCAACAUCCCCGCACCCGUGUCCUCCCACAAGAAAGACAAGGGGAAGCACAAGAAGAGCAAGCUGGAGCCGCUGUACAUCGACACUUCGGAGAUGUCCGACCCCGCGCCAAAGAAACACAGCAAGGGCUCACACCACCACCACAAGCACGACAAGGAGAAGAAGUCAAAGAAAUCUCACAGCUCGAAGGAGGAGGAUCAGCUUCACUCCCCUGACGAGUCAGACGUGCAUGUGGAGGAGAUGGAAGGAAUCAAACUCAAGCUCAUCCUGUCUCCCAAGGAGCGAGGGGUGGGGAGCAGCGAGGAGAAGGAGACAAAGAGCAAGAAGUCUUCAGGAAGUCACAAGAAGGAUAAGGAAGAAUCGAGCCACAAGAAGGACAAGAAAAGCAAGUCUAAGGAACACAGUGCUUCCAGUGAAGACGGGAAGUCCAAGAAGAAGGACAAGAAGAAGAAGAAGGAAAAGCACAAGUCGGCAGAAGAGUUGUCGUUUGACUCUUCCAUGGACGAAUCUUAUGUUGGUGUCGGGGGUUCACCUCCAUUCUCACUGCCACAGUUUAGUAACUACGGGAUGGGGAUGGGAGAUGCAGAGGAGACAGGAGCCAAGGACAAGAUGAAGAUUACUCUCAAACUGGGAGGUUCUGGUCCUAAAAAGGAGGAGCCUGUGUACUCCGGAGGUGUGCCAGAGUUGGAGGAACAUCAGGAGCCACAGCCAUUUGAGUUUCCUCCUUACGCUGUGGACGACACUGAAGUCUCCAGCCAGUCAGACAGCGCCUUGGCAAGUCCUGGAGAGAGCAGACAGAAACAGAAGAAGGAGAAGAAAGAAAAGAAGGAGAAGAAAAAGAAAGAGAAGACUCCAAAAGAGGAGAAGAAGCCAAGGAAGAAGGUGAUGACAGCCUACAUGCUGUGGAGUAAGCACCAGAGACAGAAGGUGGUGGAGGCCAACCCUGGGAUAGACUUCUCCUCCAUCAGUAAGAAGCUGGGCGAGAUGUGGCAGCAGCUGCCGGAGAAGGAGAAGAUGAUCUGGAGGAGCAAGAGGCUGACUCUGGAGCACAAGCAGAAGAAAGCAGCCGCCACGACAGUCAAGAGAAAGGUGACAGCCCUGUCCCCGUUACGAGGCGGUGCUGUCAGCCCUGAGCCUGUCAUGAGCCCAGUAAAGACUCCUGUACCCGGCACCAACCCCAUUGACGUGGCCGCUCACCUCAAACUCCUGGGGGAGUCUCUCAGCCUGGUUGGGCAGAGACUGCACGAGACGGAGGGCCACAUCGCCAUCCAUGGCGGCCUGUCUGUCCUGCUGGACUCCAUGGUCUGCGCGCUCGGACCGCUGCUCUCCCUGACACGACAGGUUCCCGAGAUGAACGGAUGUCCGCAGGAGGUCCACGAGAGAACGCUCGACAACGUGGCCUACAUCAUGCCUGGACUUUAAUGAUGACCAUCACAUGGAUGAAGAUCACAUGUGCAUAAUUCAUGUAUACGAUGUGUCACAAAGUGGUUUAUAGUACCGGUAUGUAGCACAGUUACUGUGUGGAUACUGGCCCGAGCCUGCAUCUGGUCAGGAGUUGAAAUCCUGCUUGAACGUUAUGUACGUUAGAGUUGCAGUCAUUGGGAGAGACAUCAUAAGACAAUUAUAACUGAAUGAGUACAGUCUCACAUAUUGUAGUUGUGCUAUGUAUACCCGGUAGUACAGGACCCUGCCCACUGUAUCUGGACCAGAAGGCUGUGAGUCAUUAUGUUGUAUCAAACAUAUAUAGUUUAUUAUGCAGUGGUUAGCAAUCCAGCUCAUGAACUACCAGGUCCAUUGCUUUUUACCCCGUUGGUAUUCUAUACGCUUAAAGAGUGUCAGUAUUUGGGACAGGACAUUAUGUUAUCUAAUGAGUGAGGUCUAAUGUUCAUUAAACUUGUCAACAACAGCCAUGGCAUGUCUAUGGUACCUACAUGUAGAACUUGUAAAUACUGUACAGAACAGCUGUCCUUUUCCUUUCAACCAGUGGACCAGAUAACUGCCUGUGAACUAAGACUAGAUUAUCUAUCCUUUCCUUCUACACCUUCAACAAAUCUGUAUUGGAAUUAGACACUUCACAAAAGCACAACAGGGGUAAUUCCUCAGUCAUUAUCUCAAUAUAUAUGUAUAAGAAAACACUUGAAACAUUGAUUGAGACAAGAGUUCCCAGAACUCAUUUAUUAAGAGAACCUUCAUAAUAGCAAACCAUGCAUUGCAGUGCAAAAAUUCAACACAACUUUAGUCAAUAUGAUAACUCUAUUCAGUAUCUAAGCUUGCUCGUAUUAUAAAUUGCAUAUUCCUUCUGUUCUAAUGUCUUACAUUGUCUUCUUGAAGAGUGACUUAAGUAACAUGAAUGUCAUCUCUGCAUCCUGUUUCUAAGGCAAUGAAUAGAGAAGAUAGCCCUGAAUUACAAUAAAAGCAACAACAAAGAUGUAACUUCCGUGUGCUUUGGUCUCAUUCCUCACAUCAAUUUAUACUAAUCAAUGAGUUGCAAACAUCUUUAAAUAAGAUUGCCAGGCCAAAUCAUUAUAAAUACACAAAAAUCACAUUGAGUAUUUGUGGUUUUAGAGCCCUUAAGUUCAAUAUUGGAUGGCAAACAGUGACUUCUUAGAAAGACUGGACUAUUGUGUGACAGAUAACACUACAUGCUUCUUUGUUUUGGUUGGAAAUGAGC